GGCGGAAAGCUUGGUGUUUGUGUUACUAAGAGUUGGAUUGAAAAUAAGCAAAUGAUUGAUGCAAUCAGAAUCCUUAAGUCAGGUGACAGUGACGACCUGCAAAACCUUUUACAAACAUUCAAUAUACAUUCUCGUGAUGCAGACAACAAUACGUUGCUUCAUCAUGCCUGUUUAUUAGGCAAUGUUAAAGCUGUACGUCUUCUGUUAGAUAGCGGCGUUCAUGCAAAUGCCUCCAAUAUUGAUGGACAGACUCCAAUUUGCGAUGCAGCUCUAAGCGGAUCAGCUGAGAUAAUUUCUCUUUUAUUAAGAAGUAAAGUUGAUGUUAAUCCACCAUCUUAUUGGGGUUCUCCGUUAAUCUAUGCCACACAGAAUGAAUCUAUAAAUGCAAUGAAGGUUUUGAUAGAUGCUGGUGCAAGUUUAAAUUCUCCCGAACGCAAUGGCCUUUGUCCGCUACACAUAGCUAUCCAAAGGAGAUUUUAUGCUGGUGUUUACCUUCUGCUUUCUAAAGGUGCAGACCCGAAUUGUGGAGUACGAUUGACAACUCCUUUACAUAUGGCAGCGAAAUUGAAUGAUGUCGACAUAACAUAUUUACUUUUAGAAUUCGGGGCAUCUCCGACUUCCCUAGAUAAAGAUAACCGUACUCCAAUUGAUUAUGUGCCAGAUACGAGUCCAGUUUAUCAAUUAUUAAAAUCUGUACAAAAUCAAGUUCCAUCAUUACAAUCUAUUUCAAGACUGACUAUAUUUUCUUUAUUACGUUCUGCUAAAUUAUCACCAGUUAAUGAACUUUACUUACCAAAUAUUUUAAAGGAUUAUCUUUCAUUUCGUCAUUUUCAUUUUGUAACUGAGUAAAUAAUAUCGAACGAAUCUAUCCUACUUACCUCCUUACCUACCUACCUACCUACCUACCUAUCUAUCUAUCUAUCUAUCCACACAUCUAUCUAUCUAUC